AGAUAAUGUUUUGAUGUUACUUCUUGGAGAGCUUUGCCAGAAUCCUAACACGUAUUUUAAGAAUUAAGUCUAAAUGGAAGCCUGAACGUGUUUUUUAAGCCAAAUAACAAGUAUAUAGCAUGUUUAAGGCGUAGGAGUGAAUAUUAAAAGGCAAAAUGGCGAGAACUUUGCAUGUACGAGGUGUGUUGAGGCAGAUAAGGGAUGUGCUGGUGGUUACGAGUGCCCAGAAUUCCUUUUUACCGUCCUCUCUUCCCUCCCUUUCACCUUCCAUUCACUUUAAUUCAUGUCGUCACCUUCAUCUGGCCUCUCGUAAGUCAUGUCACCGUUCCCUAGUUACCUCCAUCCCUCUCCUUCCUUCUCCAUCCCUCCAUCCUUUUCUUCUCUCCUCCCAUACUGUCUCUCCAUUAGCCUUCAAGAUCCCCUCAGCCCAUAUCAGCACCUCGCCCAUAGCCUCCAAAAUCCUCUCAGCCCAUACCAGCUUCUCACCCAUAGCCUCCAAGAUCCCCUCAGCCCAUAUCAGCACCUCGCCCAUAGCCUCCAAAAUCCUCUCAGCCCAUACCAGCUUCUCACCCAUAGCCUCCAAGAUCCCCUCAGCCCAUAUCAGCACCUCACCCUUAGCCUUCAAGAUCAGGAGCAAGAUUGAUGGCGAAGACCUUAACAAGAAGAAGAAGAAGGAGUAUGUGACGUCGUUUAUCACGGUUAUAGAUACUGAAGACAAGGUGUCGAAGAUGGGCUUGCACCAGGCGGAGAAACUGGCCAAACGGCGCGACCUGAAGCUUGUAAAGGUGGAGGACCCGAACCUGACCAAGGGCAGCAAGGAUGUGUACAGACUGCUGACGGGCAAGCAGUUCUUCGAGGAGCAGAUCAAGUCAAAGAAGAGUGAGAAGAAAUCUGCAGUGGGUACUAAGGACGAGAAGAUCUUGGCCAUCGGUGGGAACAUAUCCCAGCAUGACCUGGCCAUCAAGCUGCACAGCGUUACCAAGUGGCUCAGCAAAGGUCACCAGGUCAAAGUCAGCAUUGCCGCAAAAAGAUCUUCAAAGGAGGAUAUGGAAAAGGUGUUCUCCACAAUAGAGGAGGAGAUCAAACAGCACAAAGGUCGGAUUAUGCAGCGCCACGAGAAGCUGGACGACAUUCGGUUUUACAUCGCACCUCCGGUACUGAAAGAGGAGGACAAGGAGGCAGCUCAGGAGGGUCACCAGGCACCAGAUAAGGAGUCCAGGAGUGAUGAGGCAAAGUGAAGGAAGUGAUAAUCUCUACAUCUUCACACUUUAGAGAAUAAUAAGUCCAGUGGUGCGAUAAUGGUACUGUUUACGUAUUAAGGAGAAUAUUGAUGCAUUGGUCUUGAUAUGAUAAUCUCUUGCCUUUCAGCUCACGUACUAUGUAAUGUUAAAUGUACAUAAAGUUUGUUAUUUCUUAA